AUGGAUAGCUCCUCUGUCUGUUCCCCAAACGCAACUCUCUGUGAAGGUGAUUCCUGCCUACUACCUGAGAGCAACUACAAUGCCACCCUCAGUACAGUGCUCAGUGCUGUGCUCACCACCCUUCUGGCCAUGGUGAUGUUUUCUAUGGGAUGCAACGUGGAAAUCCAGAAGUUCCUAGGACACAUAAAGCGGCCAUGGGGUAUCUUCGUGGGCUUCCUCUGUCAGUUUGGAAUCAUGCCUCUCACGGGCUUCAUCUUGUCUGUGGCCUUUGGUAUCCUUCCUCUACAGGCUGUGGUGGUGCUAAUUAUGGGUUGUUGCCCUGGUGGAACUGGCUCCAAUAUCCUGGCCUAUUGGGUAGAUGGAGACAUGGACCUCAGUGUUAGCAUGACCACUUGCUCCACACUGCUUGCCCUUGGAAUGAUGCCCCUUUGCCUCUUCAUCUAUACCAAGAUGUGGGUCGACUCAGGAACAAUUGUGAUUCCCUAUGAUAGCAUUGGCAUUUCUCUGGUUGCUCUUGUUAUUCCUGUUUCAAUUGGAAUGUUUGUGAAUCAUAAGUGGCCUCAAAAAGCAAAGAUCAUACUUAAAGUUGGAUCCAUUGCAGGUGCAAUUCUCAUAGUGCUCAUUGCUGUGGUUGGAGGAAUACUGUACCAAAGUGCUUGGAUCAUAGAACCUAAACUGUGGAUUGUAGGAACUAUAUUUCCUAUAGCUGGAUACAGCCUGGGGUUUUUCCUGGCUAGAAUAGCUGGUCAACCCUGGUACAGGUGCCGAACAGUUGCCUUGGAAACUGGGUUGCAGAACACACAGCUGUGUUCUACUAUUGUACAGCUCUCCUUCAGCCCUGAGGAACUCAACCUUGUCUUCACCUUCCCACUCAUCUAUACCGUUUUCCAGCUCGUCUUUGCAGCGAUAUUUUUAGGAAUUUAUGUCAUAUACAAGAAAUACCAUGGAAAAACUGAUGCUGAGUUUGUAGAGAAAACAGACAGUGAAAUGGACCCCAAGUUAUCAUUUCAUGAGACAAACAAAGGAUUUCAACCAGAUGAGAAGUAG